CUUCAACACCCUUGCUAGCAAGUAAGCAAUCAUGGAUUUACCCUCUUUAAGGAGAAAAGACCAACAAGCUCUGCGAAAGGUCAAGAUGUUGCUAAGCAUAAAAAGUAUCUUAUGGAUGUACUCUACGUUAGUUAUAACCUAUAUGCUACCUAAAGUUAAAGCAGAAAAAAAAACCCUGGUAAAGGGAUCUCUCUCUGGAACUUCAGUGCUGCCAUGCUUCUUUUCAACCACACCCACUAUAGCCUCCAGCUAUGCAGCUGAGUAUCUUCGAAUCAAAUGGUCAAAGGUUGAACUGGAUAAAAGUGGAAAAGAUGCAAAAGAAACCACUGUCCUGGUGGCUCAAAAUGGCAACAUCAAAAUAGGUCAAAGCUACAAAGACAGAGUGUCUGUUCCGACCCAUUCAGAGGAGACCGGUGACGCUUCGCUGACUUUCUCCAAGCUGCGUGCAAGUGAUGCAGGGGUGUAUCGCUGUGAUGUUAUGUACGGAGUGGAAGACACACAAGGCAUUGUCUCGUUGGCUGUUGAAGGUGUUGUAUUUCACUAUCGUGCAGCAACCAGCAGGUAUACUCUGAAUUUUACACAAGCUCAGCAGACUUGUCUGGAAAACGGUGCUGUCAUAGCAAGCCCAGAACAACUGAAAGCAGCCUAUGAAGAUGGAUUUGAGCAAUGUGAUGCUGGAUGGUUGUCUGACCAGACUGUUAGAUAUCCAAUUAGACAUCCAAGAAUCGGCUGCUUUGGAGAUAAAAUGGGAAAGAAAGGAGUCAGAACAUAUGGACGCCGUUUUCCUAAUGAAACUUAUGAUGUGUAUUGCUAUGUGGAACACAUGGAAGAUGAAGUGGUUCAUGUCUCAGUCCCCGAGAAGCUCACCUUUGAGGAAGCUAAAGAGCUGUGUCGGAAAAGAGAUGGUGUUCUUGCUUCUGUUGGGAACAUGUACGUCGCCUGGAGGAAUGGCUUUGACCAGUGUGACUAUGGCUGGCUGGCAGACGGCAGCGUUCGUUACCCAGCCUCAGUGGCAAGGCCCCAGUGUGGUGGAGGUUUACUUGGGGUGAGAACCCUGUAUCGCUAUGAGAACCAAACAGGCUUUCCUUACCCAGAUAGCAAGUUUGAUGCCUACUGCUAUGAACGUAAAAAAGUCAUAACAGAGCCCACAACUGUUAAGCUGAUUACAUCUCUGAAAACUGACAGUGUGAAAUUGUCAUCUGCUAAAGUUACUCUUAAACCUCCUGUUUUUGAGACUUCGAUUACUGAAGUGGCUGUCACCAAAACAGAGGCCCCUGCUUUGGAGGAAACCACCCUAGAGACUGCAGAAGAUUCAAAAAUGACUACUGAUGUGGCUGAGGAAAAAAGGGAAAUGGAGGUGCUUAUGGAGAACAUUAAGUUAACCACCCUUCUACCUCAGACUGUCACAGAUGGCGAAAUAAGCACUUACGAAACACUGGGGAGGACUGAAUAUGAUGUUUCACCUAGGUUAACAGAGAGUACAUCUGCAGCUUUGGAACUGGAGCACACUUACACUGAAGCAGAAUUGCCCGAGGAACAAGGUAGGUCUGAAAGCAUUGAGGACGCUUUCUUGACCUCUGUAAUUUUUCAGGAUAGCACAGCUGUAGCUAAGAGUUCCACUGGUUUGUGGGAAGAUACUGAAGCAGGAGAUACACACAAACACGAUGCUGAUAAUCAGACUGAACAAAUAGAAGUGGGUCCUAAGAUGACAGCUACAGAUAGCUUGUCACCACCUUCUCGGAGAGAGUUUCCCAGGACAGGGACUUCAGUUUCACUAACAAAAGAGAAUAUGUACCUUGGUGCUCACUCAACAAAAGAACCCACAAAAAAGUCAAUGGAGGCAAAAUCUGACAAGAAACUUACAACUGUUGUAAUCCCUAAAUCUUUGUUCACUGACCAGUAUGAUCUCACUACAGAGGGGGAGGGCAGAGAGAGCAUGUACACCAUUAUGCCUGAUAGAGUUUCUGGCAUGGCUACUGGUAGAGUCCCAGAGUCAGAUGUGCCUGCUGCAUCAGAGACACCUGUAGAGAAGCAUGCAGUAACCACUGAACAAUAUUCUACAACAGAUGAGUCAAGUCCAUUCAUUAAAUUUAGUUCUGCAGUGGUGUUUGAAAAUGAAGCAUCAGCUGAAGGAAGCAGAGAGGACCUGAGAGAUGUGCAGCCUACCAUCUCAUCUGGAAUACCUGUAUCCUUUUCUGUAUCAGCUGUUAACCAAACAGGAUCUGAGGACAACGCUCUCCCAGGAAGCACCGUUUCCCUGCAAAACUUUGGAGAACACACCACAUCUGUUACCCACUCAUCUCAGCAAACAGAAGGUUCAGCCAUUUUAGAGGAGCAGGAAAAAGAAGAGACAGAAACAAGAACAAUGGAUGUUAAGAUCUCUCAUGCCACAACUGUCAUUCCUACUUAUGUUGCAGCAGAAUCUGAGGAACGUUCUGCAAGUGAGAAGUUCACACAGGCUCCUCCAGCUUCUGGUGUGUGGCUGCCAACAGAUAAAGAUCAGGAGUAUAUGACAGAAGAGUCAUCUCAUACUAAGAGGAUACAUGAGUUAGAUACAGAAGAUGGUAUCUCUGGAAUGGAGCCUACAUCAUCUCCAGGGCAAAUUACAGAAUAUACAAAGCAUCCAGAAGCUCCAAUUUCAGCUGUUACAGAUGAAACUGAGACAAGCAUGGAGCCAGCAGAAAUGAAAAGUGAUGAAGAAUCUGUAUCAGCUGAUUUUGAUCAGAGUAAAGAUGCUACGGGUGUCUCCCACACAAGCAGCUCUUUGGAUCUGGAAAUGACCACAGUAUCCAAAAUAUCAGUGGAUGAAAGUAGUGCAACAAUAAAGUCUUUUGGCUUCUCAAGUGUUACUGUAUUACCAACUGAUAUGCAUGCAGUCAUGGAGGUAACUGAACAUGAAGGAGAUGAAACAUCAGGGUAUGUUCUGAAAACGUCCAUUCCUACCCCAGAAGCUGAACAAAGAGAGGCUACUGAGACACUGGUAGCAACGCCUACUGAAGAAGUAUCUACUGAAAUGGAAGUCUCAAUCCCUACUGAAAUGGAAGUCUCAAUCCCUACUGAAAUGGAAGUCUCAAAACACACAGUGACAGAGGAAAGCCAGACAAGCAUUGAGACAUCAACUGAGGAGUCAGUGGCAACACUUCAAGACAGAAAAGGAACUCCAUCAGCUGGUUUUGGAGGGACAAAGGGAUCUAUUAUAUUUACAAAUGUAACAAAGGUAGAUACUACAGUUCCACAGAAAGAACAUGAUGCUUCCCUAGUUCCGGUUACUGUAGAGAGUGAGGUCACUAGAGAUAUGCCAGUUACUGAUCAGACUCCUUUAGAUGGUGUCUUUCAUACAGAAGCAACAGAAACAACUGCAAAAGAUAGUGAGUUGUUCCCCGAGGAAUUCUCCUUGAAAGAUCAAGAUAAGGAUACUGCCACAGAGUCUACCUUAUCUGUGACAUCUGUCCAAAUACAGGAACAAAAGACGGCACCAGGAUCUCAGUCAUCUCAAACGACUUUUCAAGAAAAACAGGAUGAGACAGGUUCAGCUUAUGAUGAGACGUAUCCAGCAACCAAAGUAUCAGUGCCUGCAGUGGAUCUCACAGAUUAUGGAAGAGUUCUGGGACGUGAUGAAACCAGCACCAGGACCUUGCAUCUCACAGUGACUCCAAAAGUUGAAACUGCUAUUGAUCAAGAAGAGAAUGUCACUGAAGUGAUGCCUAUAACAGCAGGUACUCAAGCAAAAAUGUAUGUAAGCAGAGGAACCCCCACCAGAGGAGAAGACAGUGAUGUAGUGAGCUGGGAAUCUGUGUUGCCCCCCCUCACAAUGCCAACAGGUCAUUCUACUGAGGAAACUAUUACUCUUCUGACUUUGGGAGCUUCUCCAGGCCAAACUCUGGAAGGUUCAGGAAUAUCAGAAGAACCCGAAGAAAUCAAACCAGCUGUAUUUUCAGCUAAUGCAACAGAUAAAGCAACAAUUCUCAGUGAUGUAACAACACCUUCCAUUAGUGCUCUAGAUAAAAUUCAGCCUACUUCAGCAUUCAAACCUUUUGUUACUCAAAAGUCACCACGCAUCAUUCCUGAGGAAGAAGAAGAGGUAACAAGCAAUGACAUCAUCGUAAUUGAUGAAUCUAUUUCUCCAAGUAAAGCCACUGCUGAUGACGAUCUGACAGGAAAGAUGUUAGAACCAGAAAUCGAUAAGGAAUAUUUCACAGCACCAACUGCUACUGCAGUUGCACGACCUACUACACCACCCAAAGUGAAGGAGGCCACAGAGGCUUUACAACCUCAAGAGGUGUCUCCUUCUACUUCACACCCUGAUAGUGGAAAUGACAUAAGAUUGUAUGUUAUUCAAAUCACAGGCAAUGAUACAGAUCAUCCGGUGAAUGAAUUUUUGGAUCUGUUCAAUCGCCACAUGCUUCCUCAUGCAAUAGAUGAACCCCACAUUGAUGCAGAAUCAACUCAGACUGAACCCUGUACUUCAGACUCUGUGCAGGAUUCAUCUGAAUAUAUAAUACUGGAUCCUUUCUUUCCAGACUUUAUAGAGUUUGAUGAAGAAGAUGACUGUGAAAAUACUACUGAUGUUACUACUCCUCCAGCUUUGCAGUUCAUCAAUGGAAAGCAACAAGUUACUAGUGCACCUAAGAGCACAAAAGCUGAGGAAGCGAGAAGUGACCAAAUUGAAAGCGUUGCACAUUCCAAAAAUGUAACCUUUUCUCAAAUUAAUGAAACAAACACAUUUAUAAUAGCUGAAACUGAAGCUUCUGGUACUAUGCAACCAAGCAAAGCUGGAGAAGUAACAGGGGUGUUUGAAGUUACACAGCCAACAGCAGAUGUUGCAAUGUUAGAACCUGUUUACAGUGGUGAGUCAGAAGUUGCCACAACAGAUAAAUCAAUAGCCAUUACAUCUUCAUUUGAGCAGUCUCUGCAAAAAAAUGAAGAGACCAUAACAUGGCAUGGAACCGAGGAGAAUUCUACUAAAGCUACAAACCACUUGCUUUUGAUUACUAAUGAAGCUUCUGGAGAUGGGACCACUGAAUCUGAUUUAUCCAGCUCUAUCUUCUCAGAAAUUGUGACAAUGUCAAGAAAGGAAAAUGAUGGAAAAAAUUCUGGUGUAACUUCUGCUCCUGAUGCAUUUACUGUGGAAAAUUCUGCUGUAACUGCUUCUCUGGAUGCAGUUUUUAAUACUGCUACAGUAGGCAUAGCUGUGAAAGAUCUCAUUCCAGAAGAGGCAACCCCUGCUCCAGGAGAUCAUUAUAAAUCAACUGUUAAACUUAAUGCAAAUUCCCCUGUUGAAAAUCUUCUGGAAACAAGUAAUCAUACAGCAAAGCCUGAGGUGAGUGCUGCUUCUUUUAUAGUUCUAGAAGGCUCUGGAGAUGUAGAAGAGGACAUCGCUGUAACUUCAGCCACGACAACAGAAACAGCAGUAGCAGAAACACUUUCAAUGCAAGAUGUUUCUUUGGGCUCUGGCGCAGUACUGCCAACAGAAAUUUCUGUAACCACUUCAGGAAUUACCUCUGCUUUACCCAGUGGAAUAAGUACUCUCUAUUCUGCUUUUGAUCAAAGUUCUGAAGUAACUGUUGCCACCACUUCUGUAUCUGAGUUUAUUAUGCAAGAAGUACUUGCCAGCUCUUUUGUAACUGAAAAGAGUACUGAAGUUGAAAAAGAAAUACAGACCACUGUUUAUUCAAGUCAGGAAAAUUCAGCUACUGGCACAGAGGGAAAUUUGGAGUUGAAUGAAUUUGGGAGCACUACUAAUGAAGUCAGAACUGUAAGUCAAGAGCCCACCCUGCUCAGAAAAACAGUACCGGUAACAGGUGCCAUAACUUCUGAAACGAAAAAAGUCACCACCAUUCCUUUCUUGAGAGAGAAGAAGCUUUUUAUAAAUGAAGGAUCAGCAGAAGAACCAGUAGACAUAUUUUCAGGGGGUCCCACAAGAAAAGUGGUAAGUACUGACUCCCCGUUUGUUGAUUCAGGGUCUGGAGACAUAGAUGUUAUCAUUGAGUCUGCUACUUUGACUUCAGUUCCGUUAAGGCCUGUCACUGAAACACAGACAGAAAAGCACGAAGGAAAAGUUUACAGCAUAGAUGAUGCUUCACUGAUGAAUGCAACAACAGAGUAUGCAGAACAUGCAAGAACAGAUGAAUCAGCAAUAUCAGUUUCAAGUACUGGAUCAGAUGGCUUGGCUAAGGAGUCUGGAGUAGCAACUCAGAUGUCCCAGGAUGUGUUUAGUACAGGAAAACCCGGAGAACAAAGCCAGGAAACAGAACCAACUUACAUAAUUCCUUCUGAAGUAAAAUCUAGUCCUGAUUCUACAAAAGAGUUCAUAUUUCAUGUUUCACCAGGAGUUAAAACUGAAGAUUUAGAAACAAGUGAGGUCACAUCAUCUCCAGAAUCAGUGGUUAGUAACAGUCCUCAUGACAUCAUGGUGACACAAGGGACUGGCAGUACAAAAGCAGUAGCUGAAUCUGCAGAAAGCAAAAACGCAAAACCUAGUUCUUCAACUGUCUCAGUAGGCAAGAUUCUCCUGAUUGAGCAUGGCUCUGGAGAAGAAUUCAAAGGUGACAGCAGUGACACAAGACUAAUGUCUAAUGGACCUACUGAAGAAAUACUUGGAAGUAAUUUCUCAUUUAUUGACCAGGGAUCUGGAGAAGCAGACACAUUCAUGGAAUCUUUUGCAAAACCAGCAGUUUCACCCACUGGUAGACCAGAAACACAAGAGAAGUAUGACGAAAAAGUUGUGAGCACACCAUCUAAGGAUCAUGCCUUCACUACUGAUGAGUUAGUCACAAGGACUGAACAGGAAAUAACGACACUGAGGACUGUAACAGACAUAGGAAUGGAAGAGAAAACAAUUGAUGAACUGACAGUGAGAGCUUUUUCUACAAAGAUUCAUUUGGUGAAUGGUACACAUUCUGGGGAAGACAGGCCAGGGGAAAUUUCACCAAAAGCUAUAGAAUCUUCUGAAGAAACAACAACAGACUCAUUCUUUAAAAAUACACAGGCUAACCAUGAACAUCUGGGAUUUUUAAAUGUUCCAACUGUCAGUCCUUAUUCAGAAGAAAAGGAAUUAGAAACUGAAUCUGUUAAAAAAAUACUCUUGUCAUUUAAUCACGACAGAGUAACUGAGCCUGCAAAUAUUGAAAGGACAUACAUAAGCUCUUCAGUUACAGAUGUAGAGCAACAGGAGGAGUUGGUGCAAAAUAUUCUCCCUACAAAAGAUAUUCCCAGGUCACUCCUGACACCUAAAGAAGAAAGGCUAACAAGUAAUGAGCCCAUUGGUGAUCCAUUAUUUUCAGGACAAGGAUCGGGAGACGAGCUUGCUGUUAUUCCUUCUGUAGCGACAUUGUCUGUCGAAGAAACCAUGAGUACUUCAAGUCUUCAAACUUCUCAUCCUGCAAGUAUGAGACCCAAACUUUCAACUGACAAGCCGCAAGGCUUUGAAAGAGAAAGCACUGAAUCAAAUGCUGAAGUUAAUGAAGAAGUCACAAGUGCUGUAACUGAGCUGCUGUCAGAAACAGAAGAUCAGUUCCCCAGCUCAGUGAUCACCAGUUCCCCAGCUUUAGCAGAAGAGAGUUCCAGAAGCUUCAGCUCUAAAGAGGUUAAAGAGAUGACACAUUACUUUGUUGUGACUGAAGAACCUCACAAUAAGGAAACUAACUAUAGAAGAGGAGAAAAUGAAACAGAUAUGACAACAGCUGCUUCUAAAGUUGUUUCUCAGGAGGAAACUUCACAUUUGCUGAUUAAAGAUGGUGUUACUCCUGUUUCUGUCAUACUAAAUGGAACUCCUAAUCUUGAAACACAAGAAUCACCUGUAGCAUCAGCAACAAAAAUGCCAGGCAGAGUAUUAACUGAAAGUUCUGGAGAAGGAUCUGGCUGGGUUGGUGUUUUGGAUUCCUCUUCUCCUGAUAUGUUUACUCAUUUGUCAGUACCCUCUGUGUCAAAAGUGGAACUAAAUGCUUCAUCUAGUGUUCCUGGGGAAAUUUAUUCUGAAGUUAUGACGACAGAGACACCAAUAGAUGGAUCACAGACUGUGAUCACAGAACUAGCAUCCCUUUUUACAGAAGAAACAGAGAUCAUGGCACAUCCAUCUGCUGUUCAGCCAAAGACAGCUACAUCAGAAGAACUAACAAGCGAUACCGGGAUAUAUGAGAAAAUUAUUCCCAUGAUUGAUGAUAAAAGAAGUGUUAUAUUGAAUGUUUCUGUCUAUGGUGAUAUUACACUAAUUGAAGAACGACUUCAAAUCCCUUCGGAAGAAACAACUAUUAUAGACAUGGAUCACUCAAAAUCAAUGCCUGAAGAUAUAAUAAGUGUGCAGACAAUGCCAAAUUCAGUCUUACAAUCAACAUAUGGUGGUGAUGAUAGUAUGACAGCUGAAGGGGAGAAAUAUGAUUCAACACCUAAAUUUUCCAUCACCAAAGAGAAGACACAUGGAUCUGGUGAUAGUCUGUCUUUGACCACUUCCAGUCAGCCAAGUAGUGAAUCAGUAACAGCUGGGCACAGACCAAAAUCAGAUGUCAAGGAUUUGCCUUCAGGGAAUGCUAUGACAUUUGCAACAGAAACUCUCAUCACUACUGAACUCUCUGAACUAGGCAUUUUCCUUCCUACGGUACCAUCACUGGUGAGCCCUCAUGUGCCUCAUGAGUCUAAACAUGUUGUAACAAGUACAACAGAAGACACCUACGAGCUGAAUACUUCAUCCAACAAUCGAGUAAUAGCAGAUCAAAGUGAAACAUUCUCUGUCUCUGUUUUUUCUGGAAUGGGCCAGGAUGAACUGGAUGAUAAGCAGUCUGUGUUUCCUUCUCUUACACCAGUUUUAACUACCGAGACAGAAGAGGCUUUGACAACUGACAUUUUUGAUGUGAGUACCGUCACCACACAGCAUACAUCACAACUGACAACUGUAUCAACUAGCAGGAAUGAAGGAAAGGAUCCUACAAUAUACACAAACACAAAAUCAGCAUCAGCAGAGUAUGAAGAAACAGAUUCAGUGAGCUUCUAUUCUGUACCUCAGACUCCUAAAUCCUCUGUAACUGUUCAGUUAGUUAAUGGAGUAUCUGAGUAUCCCGAGGUAAUCGUUCCAAGUACAUCAUCAUCAAAGGAUUUAGAUCAGCCCAAUCAUUCAUCAGAAGGAACCUUCAAAGAGGUUAGUUCUGAUAUUGCGGCAACAUACAAGCCACCCACCACAGACCUUCUCGACAGAACAGAGUCUUCUCUGCUGGAGUUUUCUCUCAAGCCUAUUUCAGAAAGCUCAACUACUGAAAGUACUCCUCACUUUAAUAGACUUGUAACAGACAGGAUAGAGGAGACAGAAACCUCUGUAACUGAUUUGGCUGUUGAGGAAGAAGCUACUGUUUCUGGAGAUUCUCCCUCAAUACAUGUCUUGCCUACUGAUUUUCUGAAUUUUGGAGAAAGAGUGAGCACAGAUGCUCCAAAAGUUAGCACAAUGGAAGCUGAAGCUUCCUCUGGGAGAGUCAACAACCCCCAUCAAGAAGAUGACAGGAGUACUACAGGAGAGAUCCCAUGGCUUUUUUCCACUCCUGUUUCAGAUUCACCUAAUAGUAUUGAAAGUGAAGUAUUGAAACCUGACCAGGAAGCAGUUACAAUGCUAGCUUCAUCUUCACAACCUUUGGAUAGAAGCACAGAAACACAAUCAACUUUGCUUGGUCGAGAGGAAAUCACAACAAUUUCUUCUAACAUUGCAACAAACAGCGCUGACCCUGGAAACAGUCCAUAUCGAAAUGAGCCAUCAACGAUGAGUUCUGAGGAGCCAAAUACUAUUGAACUUGUAACUUCAUCAUUUUCCCUUCCGGAAGUCACUAAUGGAUCAGAUUUCCUGAUUGGCACCAGUGUGGGUUCAGUUGAAGGCACAGCAGUGCAAAUUCCAGGCCAAGAUCCAUGCAAAAGCAAUCCCUGCCUUAACGGUGGUACCUGCUAUCCGCGUGGUUCGUUUUAUAUCUGUACAUGUUUGCCAGGUUUCAACGGCGAGCAGUGUGAAUUAGAUAUCGAUGAAUGCCAGUCUAACCCAUGCCGGAAUGGAGCCACGUGCAUAGAUGGCCUCAACACCUUUACUUGCUUGUGUUUGCCAAGCUAUAUAGGUGCUCUCUGUGAACAAGACACAGAGACCUGUGAUUAUGGCUGGCACAAGUUCCAAGGACAGUGCUACAAGUACUUUGCCCAUCGGCGUACGUGGGACACGGCUGAACGGGAAUGCCGUCUCCAGGGAGCACACUUGACAAGCAUCUUGUCUCAUGAGGAGCAGAUCUUUGUGAACCGUAUUGGGCAUGACUACCAGUGGAUUGGCCUCAAUGACAAGAUGUUUGAGCGUGAUUUCCGCUGGACUGACGGUAGCCCACUGCAAUAUGAGAACUGGCGACCAAACCAGCCAGACAGCUUCUUUUCUGCUGGAGAAGACUGUGUUGUUAUAAUAUGGCAUGAGAAUGGGCAGUGGAAUGAUGUGCCAUGCAAUUAUCACCUUACCUAUACCUGCAAGAAAGGAACAGUUGCUUGCGGUCAGCCUCCUGUUGUGGAAAAUGCAAAGACCUUUGGGAAGAUGAAACCUCGUUAUGAGAUCAACUCCCUAAUUAGAUAUCACUGCAAAGAUGGUUUCAUCCAGCGUCAUAUUCCAACCAUCCGGUGUCAAGGGAAUGGAAGAUGGGAUAUGCCUAAAAUUACUUGCAUGAAUCCGUCCACAUACCAAAGGACUUACUCUAAGAAAUACUACUAUAAACAUUCUUCAUCAGGAAAGGGAACAUCAUUAAAUUCAUCAAAACACUAUCAUCGCUGGAUCAGAACAUGGCAGGACUCAAGGCGCUGAGAGCUAAAUGGUGAAUGGGGAUUUCCACCAUUUCAGCCAAAGUCAUAACUUUCUGUGCCUUUUCUAUCACUUAUAGGAGUAUUAUCAAAUUGUUUUGAAACUAUGGACUGCGGUAUUCACAAUGCAUUUUGCAAAAAUAUGGUGUUUAUCAGAAAAUUUAAAAAAAAAAAAAAAAAAAAGCAUUUCCAGCCUAUAAAGAUUAUUAGUUUUCUAUAUGCCAUCGGUGUGGACCAUUUUAUGAUAUAUACCAGCCUUCUGCAAUAUUUAAACAGCUCAAUUUUAGCACCAAUGAAAAUGUAAAUAAGAUGAUUUUAAUGUUGUUUAAUUGUGUGUUGUUUUUAAAAUCUUGUAUAUAAAAUGAAAAGUCACACUAAUUUCAGGCAUAUUUAUGGUUAGAGCGGCCUCAGAGGUCUUCAGUCAUUUAUGACGUUGUUUUUAUGUUGUUUACCUAGGCUGGAAAUGGUUGAAAUAACUUCACUGACUGAAAUUUGCUAUUAUCAGGUGAAGAUAAACACAAAAGUUACAUGAUUUUUUUUUUUUUUAAAUGGGAACUGUGCCAAUUCCCAUCCAAGGUACAGUUUGUGUCCAUGUGAUGCAAAGUUUAGACAGAGCACAUAACAGUGGCAUGAAGCAUGAGCUAGGGACUGCAAUGUGGAACUUUUUUUCUGCUCUCCAUUCCAGCUUCACCAUUCAUGAGAAAGGACUGCAUGGAGGAGUUGAGUAUGACGAGGAGGGCCUGUAAAAAUCCAAGUGCUAAUACAUUAACUUUAUCAACCAGGGCCACUUUUUCGAAAAGGAAACAAAAAGAAGAAAAAAAAAAAAAGAAAAAAAAUUACUUUCACGACAUUAACCACAAGGUCUAUAUUACAGGUCUCUGCAUUCUAAAAUGGAGAUAGACCUGGUGUUUGGGGGAUUUUUUUUGUAAAAAAACAAACAAAAAUCAAAAAAGUAAAUAAUUUUGUAUAUAUAACCAUUUUUUAAUCUUUUUAUAAAGUAAUGAAUGUUUGUGUAUGAAUGCUGCAGCUGUGAAGCGUACAUAAAUAAAUGAAGUAAGCCAUACUGAUUUAAUUUAUUGGAUGUUAUUUUACCCAUGCAAAGAAGAUUAAAAGAGCUCGCCAGUGCAGUAUUAGCCCCUGAGCUCCACUUUUGGAACCAUCUUUCAGUUCAACUGCUAUUUCCCUGGAGAACAGAAUUCCUGCUAAACAGGAUCAUUUGUUUGCAGUUAAGAUGGGUGAGAACUGUGUAACUUACAGAAGAAUCAGAAUCUUGGCUUUCUAGAAAGAAGUGUGUGCACAGAGAGAUUAUAGGUUGUAGUUGGUGCAGUGUGUACGUAGGAGUUUUCUAUUAUGAUUUCUUACCCAGGUCAGCUCUAUGACUGACCUGGUUGUGUAUAGGAAGAGUAGAAGGUAACGUUUGAAACGACCUCUCCACAGAAAGGACUGUUAUUUCUGCAAAGUGCCUCGCACACCUUUGGGCACAGAGAGAAAAACAAACAAACAAACAAAACACCACAAAAACUCACAGCUAAAAUACAGUACAGUAAGUUCCCUAUGAUAUACCUUUUUAAACAACUCUACAAAUACAAACACAGAUGGGAGGUUUAUGCUUUUGUGUUAGUGUGGGGAUAUGAUGCAAAAAGUUGAAAGGGAAAGGAAAAGAAUUGAAACCCAGCCAACAUGUAAGAGUUUGUACUGGGCAGAGCUGCCCAUGAAGUUACCUUGCCAUAGCUCAUCGAGAACAGUAAUUAGAGUUCCAAACAACUUCUCUUAAGAAAUUUGCAGUCACUGCUCCAUUAAGAGUACCCAGGCUUUGUGCAUUCAACAUGGAAGUGCAUCACUGUGUUGGCUGGUUCAAUCCCCACCCCUCGCCCCCAAACAAUGCACAUAAUACUUUUCUCUAUUUAUAUUAUUAUCUUGUAUAGUGUAUAAUGUGAAUGUCUGGUUUUUUUUGUGAAUGAAAGUCUAAAAUCUUUGUAACUUUUAUAUCUGCUUCUGUUUCACCAAAGAAACAAGGUUUUGCUAUACUGUGACUUGUCUUGUUAUUGCAUGUCUUCCUGUCUAAAUCUAUGCAAUGUGAUUUUUUUCAUAUGAAUACAACUAGACUGUCAGGUACUUCACAGUUAUCAUGGGCUUAGUCAAGUGCCCACUGGAGUCAAAGAGAAUCAGCUGGCUGAACUUUAGUAGGUGCUGGAUUUGACUUUAUAUGAGCAGCUCUAGGGGAUAUUUUAAUUAUUGUAUGUUUUGAAGUCGAUUAUUGCUUGUAUAAGUCAAGGCUUUGUUCAUAAAUAUACAGUAUUCUACACAUCACCUCCUUGUACCAGAAACAUACAAGACAGACAAUAUAUUUUAACACUUUGCAAACUUUCUCACCAUAUGUAUAAAAAACCCUGCAUAGAUUUGUUGUUUUCUUGUCUACUUGUUGGAUUUAAACAAUGUUGUAAGGCAUUCAGAUAACAUUGUGAUUGUAGUUUUAAAUAGAUUAGAUACAAUGCUUAUAUUGAUUUUUUUCACCUCCCUCUAUUACGCAUAAUAAAAUAGGACUGACAACAUUCCUUAUUAAAAAAAAAAAAAAACAAAAAAAAAAAACCACC